AUGGCCAGUGACGCUCUAAUAUCCUCCUCUAUCCCCUCUCCCCCAUCCCUCUUCCACCUCCUCCACUCCCUCUCGCGUUCCCCACUCCCUCCCUUCGUCCCCAGCAUGUCUAUCAGCACUCGUGUCAGCAGCGGCUCACAAGCUCAUAGGAGAAAGCACUCGCCUUGUGUCAGCUGCAGCUCACAAGUUUAUAGAGAGGUGGCUAACAUCACUCUCAUGUCCUCCUUUAUUCCCUCCUCACCAACCCUUUUUCACCUCUUCCCCUCUUCCCCACUGCGCUCUGUGCUUGUCUAUCAGCACUCGCCUUGUGUCAGCUGCGGCUCACAAGUUCAUAGGAGAGGUGGCCACACUCGCCUUGUAUCAGCUGCGGCUCACAAGUUCAUAGGAGAGGUGGCCAGUGACGCUCUACAGUUCUGCAAGAUUCGGCAAGCAGGCAGUGGCAAAGAAAUGAAGGCAAGAGGGCCCAAGGAGAAGAAGCUUGUACUCACUACAGAGGACCUUGCCGCUGCAUUGAAAGAGUAUGGUGUGAACGUGCGCAAACAAGACUAUUUUGUGGAUGGACCAACUCCGGAUACAGUCCUCUCCCUGUCUCACUUAUUCAUUCCCGCUCUUCGCGUGAAAGAGUCUCAUAAUGAAGAGGAUGAGGAGGAUGGAGAUGCGGAGGAGGUGUUGACGGUUGACGACGCCAUUGAUUCCAUUGGCUUCGGCCCCUACCAGCUCUUCCUUGUGUGUUACACUGGCCUCGCAUGGCUCGCUGACGCCAUGGAGAUGAUUCUGCUCUCCUUUGUGGGACCAGCGGCUCGGUGUGAGUUUGGUCUCUCAGCAGCAGAGGAGAGCCUUAUUGCGAGUGUGGUGUUUGUAGGUGUAUUUCUGGGCUCUUACGUGUGGGGUCUCGUGGCAGAUGCUUAUGGGAGAAGGAGAGGGUUCACGGCCACUGCCCUCUUCACUCUCUUCGCUGGUUUGCUCAGUGCAUGGUCACCCACCUUCCUCACUCUCCUCGUCUCGCGCUGCCUCGUGGGGUUCGGCAUUGGAGGGGCAUCCGUGGUCUUUUCCCUCUGCUCCGAAUUCCUUCCCUCCGACUGUCGGGGGUUCUGGCUCGUGUUUAUUGAGUUCUUCUGGACGAUUGGGUCGCUUCUAGAGGCAGCGCUUGCUUGGGCGGUCAUGCCGAGCCUACACUGGAGGGCGCUAGUGCUCCUCUCUGCUACGCCCUUUGCUCUCCUGCUGCUGCUCUACCCCUUUCUUCCUGAAUCACCCCGGUUUCUCCUGCUCAAAGGCAACACGUCAGCAGCACACAUAUUCCUAGAAAAAGCCGCCCGAACUAAUGGCAAGCGCCUGCCACCCGGGCGGCUAGUUUCGGCCGCAUCUGGUCCAAAGCUCCUGGCAUCACCACACCCCCCCUCUCCUUCUCCUGCACAUGCGUCCUCCUCCUCCCCUCCACUCUCCACUGUACAACCCCAUUCCCCUUCCUCCUCCUCCACCUCUUACUACCCGGUCUGUUCCUCUGCAACAUCCUUAUCUCAGUCCCGCCGUUCUGACACAGCACCUGAAUCCCCAAGGCUCCAGACCAGGACUUCGAUUGAGGAUUCCCAAGCAAAGCCUACAGCAGGAAGCCGAAAACUCCAUAGCAUAACGCCCCAAACCACGAGCCCAUCUCGCCCCCUUUGCUCUUCUUCUUCGUCGUCUUCCUCCCCCUCCUCCUUCUCGCCGCUCUCAUCACAACCAGUAUCAGAGAACCCAACCUAUGCUCAGGAAAGAAGUCAACACGGUUCACAUUCCAAUGAUCAGAUGCCGCACCAGCAGCAUCCCGACCCCCAACCCCAUCCUCAUCCCCAUCCCCAACCACGUCCGCAUCACCACCACCAGCAUUCCCAACCUUAUGCCCACUUACCUCCUCCUCCCCACCCGUCCUCCUCCUCCUCUUCCUCCUCCUCUCUCCACAAGCUCGCGAGCCUCCUUUCCCCCUCCCUCCUGCGCUCCACUCUUGUCGUUUGGCUGCUCUUUUUUGCCUCUGCCUUUUCUUACUAUGGGCUCGUGUUGCUAACAACUCAGCUCUCCACUCAACCCACCAUUCCGCACUCCUCUCAACCCACCACUCAGCUUUCUUUUCAACCCACCACUCCGCACUCCUCUCAAUCAGUAGGGGGAGCAGCAUUAGAUGCAGAAUCAGCGGCAGCAGCGGCGGCGGCAACAGCAACAGUAGCAGAAGGAGGAGCAGUAGAAGCAGCAGCAGCGGGAGAAAAUGCAUCGUAUUCCGCUGGCUCUUCCCCUGUUCCCUCUAGAGGCUUGCUCACUGAACAGUCUAUUUCUGAGGAGUCUCAAAAGUCAACGCCUGUCCCUGGCUCUUCACCUGUUCCCUCCAGAAGCUUGCUCAAUGAACAGGACUAUCCCAUCCCUACAGUAGCGAUCGCACUCCCUCCCCCUCCGCCUUCUCCUCAUCCUCCUCCUCUUCUCGGCCCUCGCACACCCAGUCAUCAACAAUCUCCUCCCUCACUUCGUCGUUCCUUGGCUUUGACCCAGCAACAAGAUACCUCCACCCCAGAUAAUUCCUCAGCCACUCACUCCCCUACCUCCUCCUCCUCCUCCUCCACCUCCCCAUCUUCCUUGUAUUCCCCUCCUCCCUCUUCCUCCUCUCUAUCUCCCUCUCCCAUACCGGGCUGCACUCCUGAAAAUCAACCUGAAAUUUCCUCCCAGACCUAUUCAGAUGUUUUUAUCACUUCAGCUGCAGAGCUGCCCGGUCUACUCAUCGCGCUGACCGGGGUUGAAAUUUUCGGUCGAAAGACCGUCCUCUGGGUUCUCCUCUGCUUAGCAGGGCUUUUUUUGCUGCCCCUUAUUCAGCCCUUGCCACCCACUGCCACCACAAUUUUUCUUUUUGCUGCCCGGGCAGCAAUUAUGGGUUCAUUUGCGGUGCUCUGGGCAUAUACCCCGGAAAUUUACCCGACCGAGAUAAGGUCUACGGGCCUCGGGGUGGCAAACUCAUGGGCAAGGCUGGGCGGCUUUCUUUGUCCAUUUGUGGCGGUCGGGCUGAUUGAAGGAAGUCACAGGGAGUUGGCUAUCCUCCUUUUUGUCUUCGUUCCUGUUUUUGCUGCCCUCGUUACUGCAUGCUUUGCAUCAGAGACAAAG